AUGAGCUUGACCGGAAGUCGUGAAAGCCUGUUCCCAGCGACGUCCAUAACGCGGCUUCCGCGAACACCAUCCCAUGAAAGCCUGACCGCCCACCCUCUGCUGGCCCCAUCCUCGCCCCAGGACCCAGGAGCGACGCCAACAAUCAGCUCCCCAUAUGUACCGUAUACUCCGAGGCAACGUGUAUCCCCCUCGUCCACGGCCACGAAUGCCACCGUGCACCAGUCCGUGACGGCUUCACCUCCUCACCAGUUCCAAGGGGAUGCGACUAGUCGUUUGCAGUUGAUGAACUUGAAGGCCGCUACGCAGAAUAUCGGGCUAGAUAGCACUAGCAUCGGGUGGGCGAUGCUGGACAAAUUAGUGACGGAGGGCGACCAAGGAGCGGAGUGGACCGAGAUAUGGAAUGCACUGACUGUGGGGAAGGCGACACUACUAUUACCCACGGAGCACUUCUCGGCACACGACAAGUGCACUGCAGCCUUCAUCAAGGACCACAUCGUGUACUAUGACGAGACACCGAAAGGGCCUACACCGUUGGUCACGCUAUCAGGCCUGCGCGGCUACAUGGAACGCGGCGAAACGCUCGUCUUCCGAUCGUCGCUGCAUCCGUCCACGAAGCACUUCCACGACAUCACGGUCCUCUCGACGCGGUCCAACUCCUUCGCGUCUCUCCCGCCGCUGCCGAACCACCUCGCCCUCUCCAGCCCGAGCCCUUACCCCACGUUCACCAUCUCCGCGCAGACGAACAGCGUACCUCUCCCCCCGCGCGCGUCACUGUCGAAGCCCCCGCUCCCCCCUCGCCCCCAAAGCCGUGCCAACGCCCCUGCAUCCGUGUCGCGACUCUCCAACCCCUUCGCCUCGCUCUUCGGGCAUAAACAGCCACCCUCUCCCAACCCCUCGACGGCGCCAACCGCCUCGCAGACCAGCCCGACCUCGGCUGACGCCGCCGACCACGUGUGCGAAAUCACCGCCUUUGCGAUCAACCGCAAGAUCGUCUCCAAGGAUAUUGGCAGAGAGAUCAACCGCGCGUUGAGAGCUGAGAUCAAGGAGUCACUCGCUGGGCUGCCUACGUCAGUCACUGAUCGCGUGCACGAGUUCAGCAGCGACUUCUACCCCCUCGUCAAAGCGUCGAAGUUCAGCGCGAACAAGAAGCCGUUCAAGACCACGGAAACGGGGUCGCCUGGGUUCCCGGGGCAGUCGCCAGCCGCGUCUUCGUCUUCGGUGUUGAUAAUAAAUCCGAUACUCGAGUCGCCGGAGGAUUUGUCGGAGAGAUUUCAGGAUUUCUACGCGUCGGUGGAAGAGGACUUGAGAGGAGGGAGCACACCGUUCCUGAGCAGGAAGCGCGACGACCAGCCCCCUGGUGAGGAGACGGUGACUCAGAAGAUAGAUAGCGAUGCAAAGAUUGCGGAGAUCAUGGAGACUGUCGAGCGAACAAUAUGUUCACUGUUUUACGACAGGGUAUUCAUGCAACCCACUUCCGACGACGCGUCACACGACGAGGCAUUGUCUGGUCGCGUUGCUGCUCUGAAUAUGCUGGACCUAGGUUUAGAACAUCUCGACAUCGUUGUUGGCGAUUUGGCACCAGAGCUGAACCUUGUUGUAAAGGCAUGCGGUGAAACUCUGACGCAAUUGGACGUCGCAUGCCGGUCGCCAGGCGAUAAGGCAGCGGUUCUCGUCGCCGCACAUAAGGUUGUAGUAGAUGGUCUAUCCAGGCUCCCUCCAAUACGCCUAAAAUCGCAAGCCGAAUCCCGAACACCGUCGACUCUUCCAACUCCUAUCCGGGACAAGCCCUUAACAGGUCUCCCAAUAACAGAGUCUCCUCUCUCAGCCCCCCAGGAAUCUUCUACAUCUGAACCUUCCACGGCUCACUCAGAAACGGAAGACGAACCACCCGCCCAGGGAGAGUCCCCGAUGAUCCUGUUAACCGAUGCUGGCGCGCCAGCAAAGCAAGAAAAGGAGAAGGAGAAGCCGACGCUGGUGAUCUCCUCUGAUCCACCCCCCGACGCUGACAUUGAGAAACCCGCCCCACCCGCGCUCCCUCCGAGAUCCGAGUCCAGUCGUCUAUCAUUCUCCCCCGAGCCCCGCAAGGAGCCAACACCCGUCUCCGGUGAUGUCCUACUCCCCAUGGUCAUCUUCUCCGUCGUCAAAGCCAACCCGCCGCAUUUGGUUUCGCACUUGCUGUUCACGCAACGGUUUCGAAACCAGACUGUGGGAGGGGAGGAGAGUUAUUGUUUAAUCAACUUGUUGGCCGUUGCUGAGUUCUUGGAGAAUGUGGACCUUGCAGCACUUGGGCUGAAUGAUGUCAAUAAGGUGAUGAGUACGGCGGAUUUGACGCCUCUCCCGGUUCCACGCAGUCCAUCUAUAUUGACACCACCCACACCCGAAGCUACUAUUGCCCGGCUAGAGGAAAUCCGUGGCAGAGUCGGCCAAGGCGUAGACGCUGCGAACAAAGUAAUAAACGGCGUCGUCGACUCCUCGUUCACCAUCCUCCGCUCCAUCAUAACCAACAACCCAAACAGCCCCCUCAACAUUAACCCAUCACCCAUCAACGCCAUUCCAUCACCAAUCGACGAGCAACAUGCUAGUAGGCCUGGGUUCGGCCUUCUGCGGCGGCAAAGCAGUGGGUUCUCGCUUGCUAGUAUCGCGGCGUCCCUGCCUAUCCCUGGUGCACGAAGCAAGUCCGUGCUUGAGGAGACGGGGCGGCCACUGCUGCCUGUUUCGAGGCCUAGUUCAGUGCGGUCGUCGCACCUCAAAGAGAGGGCCGAUGAUGACUCCUCAGUCACGUCGACAUCGCAAGGGAGUGACGAUGAAACAGGCGAAGACGAGGAGGCUGAGGAUGAAGGAGAGGAGGGUGAACAGGGUGAUGGCGACCAGAUCGUAAUGGGGAGUGGGAAGCGGGAGUUUGAUGCAAGGAGUAUCAGGAGCUUUGAGAGUAUGAUGAGUGAUAGGCAGAAAGGUCGCGAGAGGAGCGGGACAGGGAGAAAGAGCUUGACAGACAGGUUGGCGAGGGUGUCGGGGAUUGUUUCGUUGAAGGACUCGUCACCCUCAAGACGCUCCUCCAUCCUACCGCCGUCUUACACGAGUGGUCCUCACGGUUCAGGCCCAUCGUCCCCCGUAGGCUCGCUACGAUUAGCGCCUCCUAAUCCCAGAUUUCUGCAGUGCACUGAAGGUGACCUCAAAAUAUCGGAGAUUGGAGAGCUCUUGAGAGAGUACAGGCGUCUUGCUAAUGGCAUCAGGGCUGUUGGCGGUUUCGAGGAGUGA